CACAUGACUCUGCACACUUAAAAAGAUGGUGUUAAACCCUGAACUGGUCGCACAAUGCUGGCCACGAUGAGGAAGCUCCUCGCAUUCGCUGUGCUCUUUGUGGCUGUUCUUGGAAAAGAAACGUUUAAUGGGCAUCAGGUCCUUCGACUCGUUCCAAAGAGUGAUGGCCAUCUGUCUCUCAUCAAGGACCUGCACAACAUGAUAGAGCAGGAGCUUGACAUUUGGAGGGAAGUGAGUGAUGUGGGCUUUCCUGUGGAUAUCAGAGUUCCAGUACAUCAAUUAAAGAUGGUCAAACGUUACCUGAAAGCCUACGAUAUACAGUUCUCCACCAUGAUUAAAGACUUGCAGGUGUUGCUGGAUGAGGAGCAAAAAGCAAUGGAGUCUGCUUUAGCCCGUGUCCCUGAGCCCAGAAACACUGAUAACUUUGACUUUUCUAGCUACCACAACCUCAGUGAGAUCUACUCCUUUCAGGACAUGCUGGUGGCUGAGAACCCCAACUUGGUGAGCAAGAUAGUGAUUGGUCAGAGCUAUGAGGACCGUCCCCUUAAUGUGCUCAAGUUCAGCACUGGUGGAACCAACCGCCCUGCCAUCUGGAUUGAUACUGGAAUCCACUCAAGAGAAUGGGUCACCCAGGCCAGCGGACUAUGGUUUGCCCAGAAGAUUGUGACUGAUUUUGGACGUGACCCUAAACUCACCGCAGUCCUCAAUCAGAUGGACAUCUUUCUGGAGAUUGUGACCAACCCUGAUGGCUACGCCUUCACCCACACCAAU